CGUACACCUUUCCUUCUUUCUCCUCUCUCUCAGUGUUUAUAUAAAUACCACUUCUUGCAAGUUCUAACUCCUCACGAAACAGAAGAACACACACACACACACAAAGAAGAUGAGCUACUCCAGCGGCCGCAGUUGCCACCACCACCUUCUUCUUCUCUUCUUCUUCCUCCUAACUUCUCCGGCCACCAUGACAGCCGCCGGAGACAAUGAUAAUAAUAGUGAUACCACAACGGCAGUUAUAAUACCCUCUGCUAGCAGGGAAGAAAUGGUGCAGUUGGCUGGUUACGGGGAAGAGAAGCUCUCAACCGUUUUGGUCACCGGCUCUCUCGUUUGUCACGCUUGCUCACCACCACCACCAUCUUCUUUUUCAUCUUCCCUUGAUCAUCAGCUCCAUGAAUGGCCCAUUCCAGGUGCUUUGGUGGCUGUCAACUGCCUAAGCAGAGGGAACCAAAGGAGAUCAACUUCUGUACAAACCGUGACAGACGAAUUCGGAGACUUCACGAUCGAUCUUCCUUCGGAGCUCCAUGGCAUACCUGCAAUGGACAAGACAUGUUGUGUUAAGGUUUUGAGGAUGCCAAAGACAUCGACUUGCAGACCAGCUUAUGUCCAGAAACACAAGGCCUUGGAGUUGUCCUCUGUUGGCAAUGGCAUCCGAAAUUACUCUACUGGCAAGAUAGAGUUCCUGCAUUCAGCUUCUAAACCUCUGCAAGCAUGUUCUAAGACCAGACAUAACAUUGAAACAGAGAUCACAAUGUAGAUGAUGGCAUGGCAGACCUUUUGGAUUCCUUGUGAUGGCGCUACUAGUCACAGCUUGGAUUUCAAAGGACUUGAUUUCCAUUUUUCAUUGUCUGGAAAGUUUGUAAGAUGCACAAUAUAGGGAACAUAGAUGCGAUUGGCAUGUAAAUAUUGAGUGUUUGCUAUAUGAUUGAGGGUGGAAAUAACACUGAUGAUCAUAUGAAUCUUAUAUUCCUGACCUUAUUAUAUUCCGCGGAUGGUU